GGCGUCUCGCAGCCGAAAGGCACCGGACGAUCAUGGGAGCGCCGAGAGGCGACGGCGGCUCCGGGCGCGCUGUCCUCUGGUUUGGGGGUGGGGUAUGCGGGGCGCUGGCAAGCCUUGCGGCGGCCUAGCAAAGGAGGCAACAGCGGCGGCUGCGGCCCGCUCUGCCCGCGCCUUCCCACGUGCGGCAGUCCCACGCCGGCGCCCACUUCAGGCCCGCCCAGGCCCCGCCCAGGCCUGAACCCCGCCCCGUGCCUCUAGCACCGCCCGGGGGGCGGUUCUGUCAAGACCCGGCGUCUGGGAGCGGAGAGCACAGCCGGGUGGGCUGAGGGGCGGCGGCGGCGGCCUGGGAGCCGGGGAAGUUUGUGCCACCGUGGGCAGUGCUGCGAUUCGUGGCCAGACUCAAGCCCGAGGACCAGGGGGCAGGCGGACCGGCUUACAGACCCCCGGGGCCCGUUGCCACCGUCUCGCGUCCUCUUGCCUGGAAAAGUGUUUAAGCUUUUAAAAUGUCAUCCAUUAAGCACCUAGUUUAUGCAGUUAUUCGUUUCUUACGGGAACAAAGUCAGAUGGAUGCUUAUACUUCAGAUGAGCAGGAAAGUUUGGAAGUUGCAAUUCAGUGCUUGGAGACAGUUUUUAAAGUCAGCCCAGAAGAUACACAUCUAGCAGUUUCACAGCCUUUGACAGAAAUGUUCACAAAUUCCUUCUGUAAGAAUGACAUUCUGCCUCUCUCAAACUCAGUGCCUGAAGAUGUGGGAAAAGCUGACCAACUAAAAGAUGAAGGCAAUAACCACAUGAAAGAAGAAAAUUAUGCUGCUGCAGUGGAUUGUUACACCCAGGCAAUAGAAUUGGAUCCAAAUAAUGCAGUUUAUUAUUGUAACAGGGCUGCUGCUCAGAGUAAACUGGGUCACUACACAGAUGCAAUAAAGGAUUGUGAAAAAGCAAUAGCAAUUGAUUCAAAAUACAGCAAGGCCUAUGGGAGAAUGGGCCUGGCCCUCACUGCCAUGAAUAAAUUUGAAGAAGCUGUUACAAGUUAUCAGAAGGCAUUAGAUCUUGAUCCUGAAAAUGAUUCCUAUAAGUCAAAUCUGAAAAUAGCAGAACAGAAGUUAAGAGAGGUAUCUAGUCCUACAGGAACUGGAUUGAGCUUUGACAUGGCCAGCUUAAUAAAUAAUCCAGCCUUCAUUAGUAUGGCAGCAAGUUUAAUGCAGAAUCCUCAAGUUCAACAGCUAAUGUCAGGAAUGAUGACAAACGCUAUUGGGGGACCUGCUGCUGGAGUUGGGGGCCUAACUGACCUGUCUAGCCUCAUCCAAGCGGGACAGCAGUUUGCUCAGCAGAUACAACAACAGAAUCCUGAACUUAUAGAGCAGCUUAGAAAUCACAUCCGGAGCAGGUCGUUCAGCAGCAGCACUGAUGAACAUUCCUGACUUGACCAGGGUGCCUAGCCCAGAAUGCAAAUAGCGAUGGCUCUGAAGUGUUUGCUGUAAAUAGUGGCCAAAACAAAACGAAAUCUAAACAUGUCUAGAUAAUAGGUUUAUCACAAACAGACUUGAACAUGUUUCCUUUGUAAAUGAGUCAUCAGUAGCCUUGUUAAGUGCCAGUAUAGCAGGGUUCCAGGGUUCCAUUUUCAAAUCUUCAUGAUAUUUGUAUACUAUACUUAAUAGAAGAGUAUAUCUAUUGAACAGUAGGGGCUGUUUAUUGGUGAGUUCUCUAGCACCGAAUUUCUGUUAGGAAACUUUGUGAAAGAGAAGAUGACCAAGAAUAAAGGUUUCUCAUGCUGAUUUAGGAGUAUACUUGCCACUGAGUAGCAUCUUUAGAGAGAAGAAAUUCAUUACCUGGGUUUCACUUGGAUAGUGCUGUCAGUAGUGAAUAUAUACCACAGGAGCCAGUACUAUCUUUAAUGCUGCUUGUUCUGUUGGGUGAUGGAAUCUUAAGAGCUGGUGGAAAGCAGUAUUCCAUGUUUAGAAAACAAAAUAAUAGAUGAUGUGAAUGUAUAGAAAGUGAAGGUAGGAUGCUCAGGUUUUUUGCUUAGUUCUUAACCAAUCUUGCCUGCAGUUUGGUAUUGAAAAGCAUGGCCAAUUAUGCUAAGUACAUAGUAAAAUACGUUUAGAAAUCCUUAAUAACACUGGCUAGGUCAGUUGAAUUCAGGUUCACUAGCACAGUUUGCCUAGUUGUGACUUUAUCAUGGAAAACUCUGAAAUAUAUCUACAUUUAGUCAAUGACUUGGCCCUUAAGGAUUUUCUAAGUGGUAUUUAAUUAUGUGCCUGUAAAUACUGAAUUUCUUUUUAAACUCUAAUUAUUUGAUGGCUUACACAAAGCAUCUAUCACUAACACUGCUUGUUCAUGUAAUCGUCCGCAAUAAUUUGACUUGGCAUGUUGCUUUUAUGCUUAACCUUAAUUUGAUGCAGCUGAUGAUAGGGGACUUGAAAUAUUUUAUUGAAACUAGAAUACAUAUUACUUAGUGGAGAGAAGUGGCAUUAAGUAUUAGAGAAUGGCCUUAACUACAGGUGAUGGAUGAGACUGUUCUGAUUCCAACUGGAAUGUCUUUGGUUUGUUCAUCAUGCAGUUGGUAGAGUUGGCAAGCAGAUAAUGGAUUCACAUGUGUUAUGAGAGAAAACUGAAAGUAAUGUAAAAUUAAAUCAGUAGUCCAUAUGUGGCCCUAAAAAGACAAAAAAAAUUUAAAUCAGUACUACUUAUUAUCAUCAGGGCCUUAGUAUAACUGUUCUCCUCAAAAGGCUAAUUACUUAGUAUCUUGAAGUUUAAAAAAAGCUUUCCCUUUCUUUCCCUUUGUGAGAUUAGAACAAUGUUCUAUAAUUUCACUGCAAGAAUUACCUGGAUGGGAGUUCCAGUCGUGGCUCAGCGGUAACAAACCUGACUAGUAUCCAUGAGGAUGUGGGUUCAAAUGCUGGCCUUGCUCAGUGGGUUAAGGAUCCAGCAUUGCCAUGAGCUGUGGUGUAGGUCACAGACAUGGCUUGGAUCCCUCACUGCUGUGGCUGUGGUGAAGGCCAAAAGCUGCAGCUCCGAUUCAACCUCUAGCUUAGCCUGGGAACUCCCGUAUGCUGCAAGUGCAGACCUAAAAAGCAAAAAAAAAAAAAAAAAAAAAAAGGAAUUACCUAAGAAUUUGUUAAAACGUAGAUUCAGGGAGUUCCCAGGCGGCUCAAUGGGUUAAAGAUCUGCUCUAGUGAAGGUGCGAUCCCUGGUCUGGGAACUUCUGCCUGCUUCAGGCAUUGCCAAAAAACAAAACAAAGAAAAAUGCAGAUUCAGCAGCAUACUUUUCAAUUCUUAUUUAGUUCCUGUAAUAAGGCCUGGGAAUUACCAUUCAGACAGUACCAAGUGGUUCUGAUGUAGGUGCAAAGGUCUCUAAUUUAAAGCAACACUAGGUUAGAGAUUUUUCCUCAGAGCAGCAAAUACCUACCUGCCUAGGCUUAGGCUACAAAGCAGAGCUACGUGAACCUAUAGUUCUGGCCAGAGAAUAGCAGGACUUGAAGCUAAGCCUUCUGAAUUAAAUCCCCUAUAUUGCAUCUAAACCAGCUUAAGUUUUUAAUGAAGUUAAAUUCAGCUCCUGUAUUCCAAUGUUACAUAGAAUGAAGUACUAACUAAUCAUAGGGAAGUGAUGACUGUGAUGAAAAUAAGAAAAAAUCAAAACCAGAGUUGAUCCUUAAUUAAAAACGAGUCUUAUUCAGUGUUGAGUAAGAAAAGGUUUAGCAUAACUCUUUUGAGUGCAUAAAAAUGUUAUUGCAUCAAUGAAAUUGUUAAGUCUCUAGCUGACUGACCAGUAAGAUAGAAAAAAUAUGAACAGAGGUAUCAAAAUGAAAGAGGGGCUAUCACUGCAGAUCCUGUAGACGUUAAACGGAUAUUUAGAAAGUAUUAUGACCAACUCUAGGUCCAUAUAUUUAACAACUUAGAUGAAACAAAUUCCUUGUAAAAGACAAAUUCCCAAAGCUCACUGAAGAAAUAAGAUAUCCUCUAGAAAAGUAAGCUGCAAGCCCAAAUGAUUUCAAUGGUGAAUUAAUUCUGCCAAACAUUUAAUAUCAAUUCUAUACAAUCUCUUCUAGAAAACAGAAGAGGAAACACUUCCCAACACAUUUUAUUUAGCCAUUACUUUGAUACCAAGAUCAAAGACAUUAUAAGAAAAAAAACACUUUACAACAAUGUCUUCAUUGUUAGUAUCUGUAGUUAAGGUAGCCAUUCUUUUUACAUGAAAUAAUGAGAAUUUCUGUAUUUCUUCAUUUCACUUUUCUAGUUUGUUUCUUUUCUAAUAUACUACCCAUAAUAAAUUAAAUCUAGAAAUCUGUCCACUUACCUGGAUUUCCAUUCUGUUCAAGCCAUUUUUGCCUUUAAGUACUUUCAUCACUUUGGAAUCACUGCAUUGCAUGCUAUUCCAAAGUUCUGUGUAGCUGGAUUGUGCUAGCUACUCUUAAAAUUAUAAAGAAUGCCCCAAAUGUUAUUUUGCUUGUCUGAAACAAGAAGGCAUUAAAGUACAUCUUUAUAUCCAUUCUACUUAGGAACUACUGACUUCCAUUAACCACAUUUCAUUAUAGCAGCUAUAUCUGUUAUGAUGCUAUGUAAAACUUACAAUGUCCUUUUUAUGCAAAUGACAUUUUUACUUAUGUAUCAAAUUGUUUAUCUAGUUUUUAUAAUAUGGUUUAAAAGAUUCUUUCUAAGAUGACAUUAUAUAACCUUUACUUAAAGAAUGUGUCUAGGUUACUGCUUAUAAAAGACCUUGUAAUUAAGUCAAAUUAUAUAGCAGAUUCCAAGUGAUCAUUAAAUGUUACUUCUAAAAUUUGAAACAGAGUGAAAUAGAAGGUUCUGUCAGGAGAGGAUGCUUGAAUAUCAGUUGAAGGACCUAGGGCAGUGGCUAUAAAGUCCUAUUUCAUCAUUUAAUCAAUCAUAUACAUUUUCCAGAACAUUGUAAAUCAACUAUAAUAAAAAAAUUUUAAAAAUCGUAUAUAUUUUGAAGGAAAGACAGACUUCAAUUUUACACUGCUUGCACUUUAUUUUGCACAGACAUUUCAUUAAUUACCUCUCCAACUUAAGGGCAAAUCUCAAUCUGAAUAUAGCUUUCAUUAUGGACCAAAUAAUUUGUCAUGGCAAUAAAUAAUUAUGCA